AUGGCAUCAUCCCGAACAUCUUCAGUGGCCAGUACUAAGCGGCCAGCUAUUUCUUUCAGAGACAUGGACGUUACCAGUGGCAGCAUAGGCCGCAAAUCCAACGUGUGGAAGGUCGGGCGGACCUACGGCGUGGGCGACAUUGACUCGCUAACACAAGUGACCCCCAUUCCGGUGUUCACGCCUAUUCCGGUAGGCCCUAUCCGAAUCGUCGAUAAUACCAACGAUGAAUACAGCAUGGUCUACGGAGGGGAGGAUUACGACACGAUAAAUGAAAACGGUCGGCCUGAGCCGCGGGAUGAGCAUGUCCCACAGGGAGUCUUGCCGGUUUGGGCAGCAGAUGUCAAUAUUCCAGAAUACAACAUUGUUGCAGGAGAUAGCAAGGCGGGUGCAUAUGUGUCGUGGACAAUUGUGGUGGAGACAAAGUAUGGAGGUCGUAUUAUUUUGCGACGGCGGUUCUCAGAGAUUUACGAGAUGCGGGAGGCUCUCAAGCAGGAGUUCCCGCAACACAAGAUGGAGAUUCCCCAACUGCCUGCCAAGUCCAUGUUUCAGCAUUUCAACAAGACGUUUUUACAGAGUCGACGGCGUGGACUCGAGUACUUUUUCCAGUGCGUUUUUCUAAACCCGCUUUUUGCGUCAUCCAAAGUGUUGAAGGAGUUUGCUGAGACGAAGUGA